GCCUGUUGACGCGGCCGAGGAAGCAUCGCUGAAGGCUCUCAUUUCCCUGCCAUCAUGUCUAAGUCGGAGUCACCCAAAGAGCCGGAACAGCUGCGGAAGCUCUUCAUUGGAGGGCUGCUGAGCUUCGAAACAAUCUACGAGAGUCUGAGGAGCCAUUUUGAGCAAUGGGGAACACUCACUGACUAUGUGGUAAUGAGAGAUCCAAACACGAAGCGAUCCAGGGGUUUUGGGUUCGUCACAUAUGCCACUGUGGAAGAAGUGGAUGCCGAUAUGAAUGCAAGGCCACACAAGGUGGAUGGAAGAGUUGUGGAACCUAAGAGAGCUGUUUCAAGAGAAGAUUCUCAGAGACCAGGUGCCCACUUAACUGUGAAAAAGAUAUUUGUUGGUGGUAUUAAAGAGGACACUGAAGAACAUCACUUGCGAGAUUAUUUUGAGCAGUAUGGAAAAAUUGAAGUGAUUGAAAUCAUGACGGACAGAGGCAGUGGAAAAAAGAGAGGGUUUGCUUUUGUCACCUUUGACGACCAUGACUCUGUGGACAAGAUUGUUAUUCAGAAAUACCAUACUGUGAAUGGCCAUAACUGUGAAGUGCAGAAAGCCCUGUCAAAGCAAGAGAUGGCUAGUGCUUCAUCCAGCCAGAGAGGUCGAAGUGGUUCCGGAAACUAUGGCGGUGGUCGUGGAGGUGGUUUUGGCGGCAAUGACAAUUUUGGUCGAGGGGGAAACUUCAGUGGUCGUGGUGGCUUCGGUGGUAGCCGUGGUGGUGGUGGAUAUGGUGGCAGUGGGGAUGGCUAUAACGGAUUUGGUAAUGACGGAAGCAAUUUCGGAGGUGGUGGAAGCUACAAUGAUUUUGGCAAUUAUAACAAUCAGUCUUCAAAUUUUGGACCAAUGAAGGGAGGAAAUUUUGGAGGCAGAAGCUCUGGCCCUUAUGCUGGUGGAGGCCAAUACUUUGCUAAACCACGAAACCAAGGUGGUUAUGGUGGUUCCAGCAGCAGCAGUAGCUAUGGCAGUGGCAGGAGGUUCUAAUUACAGCCAGGAAACAAAGCUUAGCAGGAGAGGAGAGCCAGAGAAGCUACAGGUUACAACAGAUUUGUGAACUCAGCCAAGCACAGUGGUGGCAGGGCCUAGCUGCUACAAAGAAGACAUGUGUUAGACAAUACUCAUGUAUAUGGGCAAAAAACUCCAGGACUGUAUUUGUGACUAAUUAUAUAACAGGUUAUUUUAGUUUCUGUUCUGUGGAAAGUGUAAAGCAUUCCAACAAAGGGUUUUACUGUAGACCUUUUUUCACCCACGCUGUUGGUUGCUAAAUGUAAUAGUCUGAUCAUGACGCUGAAUAAAUGUGUCUUUUUUUUUUUUUUUUAA